GUCCUGACAACCCGGGAUGUUUACACACACAGCAGAGCUCCGAUUUUGCUGAGUGAGAAGGUCGCGCUUUGCCUCUUCAUGGGUUCCAGAGAAAAAAAGCCUGCCAAUAAGAAGAAGAAAAUCACAAAAGCCGAACAACUGAAACAGGUACAAGAGGAGGAGGAGAAAAAGCUGAAAGAGGAAGAGGAAGCCCGCUUGAAAUCUGAGAAGGAAGAACAAGAAAGGCUUGAAAAACAGCGGAUUGAGAAAGAAAAAUGGCAACAACUUGAAAAAAAAGAUCUGCAGAGGAGACCCGAAGAGCUCGAGGAACUCUAUUCCUUAGAGGUGUGUUUUCCUAAGGCUGAGAAAUUGAAGCAAGAUGCUGGAUCACUUGCUCAGUGGAAACACUAUAUUCAGUGUGAUGGGAGUCCUGAUCCUUUUAUACCCCAAGAAAUGAAUACUUUCAUUAGUUUGUGGGAAGAAGAAACGAAUCAGACUUUUGAGACAGUGAUUGAGAAGAGUAAGCUGGUGCUACAGUUAAUUGAGAAAUUGAAAUUAAUGUUGUUGGAAACUCCGUCGUAUAAUUUGAGUGACAAAAACAUAAUGCAGUACGAAGGAUCAAUUUUACAGCUUCAGGAGCUCCUUCAUCUUAAGUUUAACAUAGCCACGGAAAUACUGCUCAGACAAGCUAGUACUUUGGCAGAUCUGGACACUGGAAAUAUGGAAAAAAUCAUUCAAGACGAAAAUGUUACCCUGUAUGUGUGGGCAAACCUCAAGAAGAACCCAAGGUACAAAAAUGUGAAGUUCUCCAACACACGAACUGCAUUUGAAAUUCCAAAGAUAUUAGCAACAAGUGACAUCGCUCUGCGGCUUCUCCACACACACUACGAUCACGUCACUCCACUGCACAGCAUGCGGGCGCCAUCGGUCCAGGUCCAGGGCAUCCAAGUGGUAGAGCUCUUCAAGAAGGAAGCAAAGAUCACAGCAGAAGCAGGCAGCCAGGAGGAACGGAAACAGAGUAAAGCACAGGAGAGAGGCUCUGUCUUCAAUAAAGAGGGAGAAAUAAAAUCUGAGGAGCAAAAUGAAACUGAAGAACAAAUGACUUUUGUCAAGAAAGAAUUGAAAACCACGGAUGAGGAACUGGAAAUGAAAUUAUUAAGUGAAUUAGUUGCAGAAGCACAGUUGACCCUGAUAAAAAAUGCUCCUGAAAAGCCAGACAUCUCUGAAUACAAAGAGGUGGAUUUGUACCAGUUCAUGAUCCUGGGCGGUGUGUAUCACUUGGAUAUUUUGCAGCUUCCCCCGCAGUGUAAGCCAGUAAAAGGCUGGAUGAUGGUGGAGAUACUCAAGGAAGGAUUACAGAAAUUUAUAUAUCCUCCAGAAGUCAUGGAAGACUUUGAAGCAGAAAAUUUUCCACCUAUUGAAGUCACGCUGCAGGUGCAGGGGAAAGUGAUCUUCUUUGAGGACCCUAUGGUCGCAAGAUGGGAUACUGAAGGUAAAUACUGGCGAACGGACGGCAUCAGCAAUGUUUAUUACACCCCAGAAGAAAGACUUAUAUCCUUCAACCUGGAGACCUUUGGCCCCAUAUCCUUGAUGCAGGAAACACAUAUGAACAUGCCAUACCAGUCUUGGGGACUUAGACCACUGGAUGUGAAUAAAGCCCUUCUGACUGUGACAACAGUAUUCACUGAGAUUCAAAUACAAAUUCAGGAAAACCUCUGCAUGCUGGCUUCAGUAAAAGUAAAGGACAAAGAGCACUCGUUGGAGAUGGAAGGGAAGUGGAUGGCCCCUGUCCCUUUCAUUAGUGCUCUGAAAGAGACUGGACUGAAUAUCUUCCCGACUGAAUACUCCCAUUUUUAUGUUGUCAUAAACAAUAAGAUUCCAUCGGUGGAAAUGAAAGCCUGCCGGCAGAUGGCCCUGAUAAGCUCUGCUUUUGCCUUUGCGUGGAGCAAGUGGAAUACCCUGUGCAAUUCCACCAACAUUGUGUUUAAGGUGAGGGAGUGCCUGACUGAGGAGCCCCCUGAGAUCCCUCACUGGGCCCUGUAUAUGUUCAGUGGGGACAGAGCUCAGAGGCUCAAGAUAAACGAAGACAGCGAGUCGUUCUCCGAGGCCCUUGCAGAAGGCACUGAGUUCCACUCCACCCUGUUCCACAUGGUGAAGGACGCUGCUUCCAAGGAAGCCGUGGAGAGGGUGAGGAGCUCCAGCUGCCUGUUCGUUGACUCGGUGUGCUACAUGCUCCUCUCCACGAGGGUGCUCAGCUACUCCUAACCUCCACUCACAAGC